UGGCUGGCGGCCCCGUUAGCCACGGCCCAGGACCCCAGGGUGGGAGAGUGAACGGAAAGGUACUCGUGCCUGGAGCGGUUGCAGAAUCCUCAGUCAUGAAGAAGAAACUGGGCUCAGAGGCACUUGGGUGAAGGGGCCCUCUCCCCUGCCCUCCUCUCAGGUACCAUGGCCCGGAGCAGGGUACUGCUGCUCAUCUUGUUGCUGCCACCGCAGCUGCGGCUGGGACUGGUGGGCACAGCGAGGUCUCCGGGGUUUGGCCGAAGUGGUACCCACAGCCUGAGCCCUGCCGAGAAUGAAUUUGUGGAGGAGGGGCCGGUGUUGGUGCUGAGACCCGAGGAGCCAGGGCCUGGCCCCGUCACCAUCAACUGCCCCCGAGACUGUGCCUGCUCCCAGGAGGGCGUUGUGGACUGCGGUGGCAUUGACCUGCGCGAGUUCCCCGGGGACCUGCCUGAGCACACCAACCACCUGUCCCUGCAGAACAACCAGCUGGAGAAGAUCUACCCCGGGGAGCUCUCCAGGUUGCAUCGGCUGGAAACUCUGAACCUCCAGAACAAUCGCCUGACUUCCCGAGGGCUCCCGGAGGAGGCUUUUGAACAUCUGACCAACCUCAAUUACCUGUACUUGGCCAAUAACAAGCUGACCUUGGCACCCCGGUUCCUGCCAAAUACCCUGAUCAGUGUGGACUUCGCUGCCAACUAUCUCACCAAGAUCUACGGGCUCACUUUCGGCCAGAAGCCAAACCUGAGGUCCGUGUACCUGCACAACAACAAGCUUGCGGAUGCCGGGCUGCCCGACAACAUGUUCAACGGCUCUAGCAACGUCGAGAUCCUCAUUCUGUCCAGCAACUUCCUGCGCCAUGUGCCCAAGCACCUGCCGCCUGCCCUCUAUAAGCUGCAUCUCAAGAACAACAAGCUGGAGAAGAUCCCACCAGGUGCCUUCAGUGAGCUGAGCAACCUGCGUGAGCUGUACCUGCAGAACAACUACCUGACUGACGAGGGCUUGGACAACGAAACCUUCUGGCCCAGGGUGGCUACAGAAGGCCUUAAACAACUGGUCUUCAGAGAAGCUCCUUUGUGUCAGAAACCACGCUAGAUUCUUCCUACACCAAUACAGCGUUGCAUCAACCCAAGGAGAGGCGGGAGAGGACUGAGGUCCCCUCGUGGGUCACCCAGUGGCAGAGCUGGGAUGAAUUAG